CGUUGCCAUUUCGGCUUGAAGCCUUGAACAGCUCUGGCCCAUGGGCGAGCUAUCUUGUUCUAUAAAUACUCCCAUUAGUUAGUAGAAUAAACUAGAUUACAAGCUCCACAGUCAGUCAUCGCCCUGCAAGCAUAGCAACUGAAAAACAUAUCAAAGAUCAGACUUCAGGGGGCAUAGGACUUAGCCUUACCAAGAGCCAAAACUAAAAACCCAGUUUGCACUUUGCGAAGAAAAAGGAAAAUGAAGGGAUUAGAGAAUGAACAUUAUAGAAAAGGCCUAUGGACAGAGGAGGAGGACAAAAUUUUGUCCGACUAUAUAAGAGUGCACGGGAGAGGCCACUGGAACCGCAUCUCUAAGGUGACAGCUUUGAAGAGGUGCGGGAAGAGCUGCAGGUUACGGUGGCUGAAUUAUCUGAACCCCGAUAUCAAGCUUGGUCACUUUUCAGAGGAAGAAGAUGACCUUAUUGUCAGACUCCACAACCUUCUUGGAAACAGGUGGUCUCUUAUAGCUAGGCGAGUCCCUGGAAGAACCGACAACCAAGUGAAGAAUCACUGGAACACUCAUCUUUGCAAGAAACUAGGCAUUAAAAAACCAAGGGGAAAAGCUGUAUGCUCUAUCAGAAAAAUUUCUUCUCCAACAGAUGAGACUAAAACAGUAUCAACUGACAACUUCAACUUUAAGCCUCUUCAAAGUAGCCGGAUCACCAUGAGUGUAGAUUGCCCUAUAAAUACUAGUGAGACUUCUAAUCAUGGCGUUGAAACUCAUCAGUUCAUCGAUGAUCAGCAUUGCAUUCAAUCUUUUUUGUCUGCUGGUAAUAGUUUCAAAGUGAAUAGCCCUGGAUUUUUGGAAUUUCUAGAUGGGUUUUUCUGUUGAUGUAAUCUAACAAACCACUAGGCUUUCUUUUUUUUUUUAAUCGUCAAACAAAUUAAAAAACUUAUAUAUGCUAUGUUUCUAGCAUUUCUAUCUUUUAUCUGCUCUGGUUUUUCUCUACUUAAUAACUAGAAACUGAAAAUUAUAUGUUG